AAUAAAAUUUACACAUUUUGGUGCAGAGGUUUCUACGAGUUUUCCUCCAACUUCUUAUAAGGAUAACACCAAAGGUUUUGAGGAGAAGUUAUUCCUUUUGGGUUUCUGUCUUCCUGAGUUUAUGUCCUCGGAGAUGCACAAGCAGAUUGUCACUACUGCAGCAGAAAACUCAGAGAGAUACAUGGAACAGAAACAGAUGGUCAGCAAAAAGAUUUCAGCUACAAGAAAGCUGCCUUUUUUACAAGGGGAUGAAUUUUUUAACCAAAUUGUAUCACCUGUCAAGAGUUGUCAUGUGAUUCUUGGGUACCUGCUACAGAGUCUUCGCUAUCAGUUAUUCAGUCCUGUUUUCUUCUCCCUUCAGCAGUUUCUUUUUUGAACAGCAAACGGAGGGAACUGCUCGCAUUGCUGCUGCUGCUGCUGCUCCAGCUGCGCGUGUGUGUGUGUAAACAGGAUGGUGUAUCUGUAGCUGCCACGCACAAACACACAUUUGACCAUGAGGACUCUUCGCAGGUUGAAGUUCAUGAGUUCGCCCAGCCUCAGUGAUCUGGGCAAGAGAGAGCAGGCAGCCUUGGAUGAGCGGGGGACCCAGCAGCGACGGGCCUGCUCCAACGCUACCUGGAACAGUAUCCACAAUGGAGUAAUAGCCGUGUUCCAGCGUAAGGGUCUCCCCGAUCAUGAACUUUACAACCUCAAUGAAGGAGUCAGGCAGUUAUUGAAAACAGAACUGGGAUCCUUUUUCACCGAAUAUUUACAGAAUCAACUGCUCACAAAAGGCAUGGUGAUCCUAAGAGACAAGAUCCGGUUUUAUGAAGGGCAGAAACUGCUGGAUACCUUAGCUGAAACCUGGGAUUUUUUCUUCAGUGAUGUCCUGCCCAUGCUUCAGGCUAUUUUCUAUCCUGUGCAGGGGAAGGAACCCUCAGUGCGGCAGCUGGCUCUUCUGCACUUUAGGAAUAUAAUUACCCUCAAUAUCAAACUAGAAGAUGCAUUAUCACGUUCCAGAGCAAGAGUUCCACCUUCUAUUAUUCAAAUGCUGCUAAUACUCCAGGACCUGCAUUAGCUAUGGGCACGAUCCUGCUUCAAAUGAAUUCCAUGGUGAGCUAGGAAAUGAACAACAUCCUGAUUCAGAAAGUUCAUGCGGAGUCCUUUGCCAGGAUCAGUCCUACAAGAAACAGUUUGUUGACAAAUCUGCUUUCUUCAACAACCAAAAGAGUUAACAAGUUGGAUGCCUGGUGGAAGGACAAAUCCAUUCCCAUUGCAAAAAUGUCGGUGGAAAUCAAUAAAAAAAUGAGAGGGAAUUUGCCCCUGGGUGUUCAUUUCUGCAUAUGUUACCUACAGUUUUGUGGUAGGGAUGGUGAAAGUCCUUUUUUGGCAGUAGCUCUGCCAAACUUGUGGUUUAAAAUCUAAUGGAAAUUACAGGAAAAGGACAGAAGAGGAUCUGGGAAAGAGCUAUUUACAUGCUUAGCCGUGUUUGUCAAUAAUUGAACUUCAGAGCAAAGACUUUUUCCCAAAUGCAAAUGUCACAUUAAACAAAAGCAAUUUUUAUAUGUUUAUGACAUAAUAAUGGAAUUUCCUCAAGACAGAUUAACUCAAUAUGUGAAUAAGGCUGAAAGUGAUAGAACAGUUCAGCUCCCCAAAAAGUACAUGGUGAUCUUGUGUGUAUAAAUAUCCCAGACUAAGAGAAGAUGCUUUGGUGUAGGCAUUGUUUAAUCCGUAUUCUGUCUGCUAUCUAUAUCACUUUUGUAAGAAGCUCGGUGACACUGCAGCAGAUUCCCAUGGCUGGAAGAUGAUUCUAGUGGCCCUGGACAAAGUGUUGAACUUGCCAUGAAAUUUCCCCAUUUCUUUCCCUGAAAGUGUUCUGCAUUUACAGUACAUAAUUACAGAGUAGGUCAUACUCUUCAGGACAGAAGCUGUAAUGUCAGCUGAAGGUCACAGUUUGACAAAGGCACAUGCUUACAUGUACCAGUCUGGCCUGUUAGACUCGAUUAAAAAAACAGAGGUUUGGUAACUAGUACGGGGUGCAUCUGAUACUGCUCGUGCAUUAUCUUGUCAUAGUGUAAAGGUAGUCCUCUGUCAGUCUGGCAGAAGACACUUUCCUUAUGGGGGGAAAAGGAAGCUUUUUAAAGAGGAAGUAGAAGCAGCAGCAAUCUUUGGACUUUAUUCAGGAGGCAGGUUGCUGAUCCAGCACAGCUCAGUAAGCAAGCAUUUUUCCUGAACGUGGUUAGCUUCACUGGCUUCAGCACGUGAGCAACUUUGUUGGCCUCUGUGUGGUUACUGACCUAUUGCAAGUGUUCCUUGCUUGCUCAGCUGGCACCACUCUAGCAAGGACAUUAAAGCAGCCUCUGACAAAGACCUCCUGGAUAAAAGGUACUGAGAUGAAGCUGAUUCCCCUACUUCAUUGUUUGAGUGAUUAUUUUGCCUUCUUUAUAGCAAAUCUUUCUUCCUGUCCAGAGUAAACUAUUUGCUGGAAAUGUGUCUACCAGCUAUGCACUUAAUACUGUAGUAUGGAAGAAGUGCCUUAUACCACUGAUACUUUCUGCUGCCAGCAUGGUCUGACUUUGUGGCCACUUAAGUUAAAGUGCCUCCAGGAUGCUCCUGUUUGUCUGGUAGAACCUUCAAGAACAAAUUUGUGAUUGAGGGAAGUAAAAGAAGAGCUAAAAACUUUUGAGCACAGAUAUAUGCACUGGAGUGCGUAUCAUAGAAUCACAGAAUCACAGAAUC